AGCAGGCCGAGUCUGGCCAAAAGGGUGGUGUAGGCGCCUGGUUGCACAGCUGCGGUGUGCAUUGACGUGCGUGCUGGUCUCUCAGCGGAGAACGGCGGUGUGGAGAUGGAUUCGUUGCCAAAGCCGACGUCAUGGCUCCAGGGUGGUGGUGCUUGUGUGGUCGCGGCGCGCGCGGACGCGUGGUUCAUCGUGGACAGCGUUGCUAGGCUAAGCGAGGCGCUACGGGACGUUGACAUUAAUGCUGACAAUAACAAACAAAAAGUAGCCGAGGUGUGCGCAAGAUUCGCGUUGGCGUUCCUCAAUGCUGAUCGGCUUGAGGAAGCGUGGGAGUGGGGUCGCGAGGCACAGACAUUCGAUAACGACAACGAAAUUGCGCAAUGGUGCGAGGCGGAAGCGAACAAUAAGCUUGACACGCGCCUCGGCCGCGCGGUAGAAUUGUACCGCGGACUGGCCUUUGGCAGCGGAAAUUAUGCCAAUUCCGCACGGAGCCAACUGAAUCCAGGGAUAAUAGCUGUUGCACAACUACCGCCGGGUUCUAUCCGGCGGCGGUACUGGGAGCAAAGGGCGGAGUUAUCAAAAGACAAGGGUAACGUUGUGCACAGACAUAGCCGUGCAAAGGACCUCAAGGGAUUCGGACCCGAGACCUUACGUAAACUGGAUAGCCAAGGUAACGACUCGCUAGAUGCUACACUGCGCCAAGUGCAAUUGUGGCCGAAGCCGGGCAAAAAACUUGUGACGGUGGAAAACUUAUAUAAACUCGUAGAUGAAACGCCCCCGCAAAGUGGUAAAUUGCUCGAGCGCACACUUCGCGCGUUCCGGGCGACGUCAAAGAAAAUCGUCUCGUGUAACAUUAAGCUGAUGAACCCUUUGGACUACAGUGACAGUAUCUUCGAGGGCGUUCUGCGCGAUAAAGCGAAGAACUUUGCCCGAUUAGUUGUGAGAGAAGAGGCCGACAUGUUUGUCGUACAGGAGGCGCCAGGGGCGGCUCUCCGCAACAAAGGUAAAGUUAACGGCAACGCGCGCCGCUGCGUCAAAAACGGAACGUUUCUCGAUGAGUUGCUGCGGAAUUUGGUGGAAAAUUCGGAUGGUGAUCAAUGGCGUGCUGAGAGUAGAGAGGUGCCUAAAUAUGAAGGAAAAGUGGAUAUGGGCGAGAGUCACGUGUUUGCAUGGCGUGAGGAUGCCUUCAGUCUUGUUGACGGCCCCAGUCUGCUCUGUGUAGUUGAUAGUAGUAGUGAACGCUUCCACCGGCCGCCGAGCUGGUGCGUCUUCGAUGUACGCCGUCCCGGUGUGCCGACCGGAGAACGCCUCCUCAUCGUUAGCGUGCAUCUGAAGGCCGUCCAAAACAACGACACCACCAGGACAAGGGAAGACGUGCGAGUCCUUGGGCGCGCUGUUGUGGAGCUUCAGCGGCAGCAGCGCGGGACGGUCACCGUGAUUAUCGUGGGCGACUUCAAUGCUUCUCCGACCCUCGUCGUGUCCGAGUUCCAGGAAGCCGGACUCGGCGACUUUGUUAGCGCUCUCGACAAUUCGAAAUUUACGAAUAUGUACCGCUUCUGUGGAAACGGUGCAGACGGCCAUGUGUAUGACGGGGUCUACACUAGCAAUCGUGGCCAAGUCGAAGGCGGCGUGCUCGACGUCCCCGAAGUUGAUGCGGCGUACAACGAGAUGAAGGACAAAGCGCCAAACCUGAUGGCCGGUGACCUUUGUGCGAUUAUGCACCGAAUUGUUUACGGCGGAGAUGCGGCAAUCGUAGACUUAAAUGGAGUCCCUUUGGGGCUACGGACGAUAGUCAGGGAGGAGCUUUAUCGCCAGUGGAGCGAUCACAUGCCCAUUUAUGCCAAAUAUUCGUGCCUCAUGGCGAGCGACGCCGAUGCGAAGGACACGGGCGUCGCCGAGUCCAAGGAGGACGAGGGCGUGUCCGAGUCGAAAGGAAACUAGGGAAUAUCCCUUGCCUUGAUUAGGCCUCAUCAUCAUUACAAUUUCAACAACC